AUGUCCAUCCUUGAGAAAAUGUCCACAGCAGACUUGAUGGAAAAUCUCAGAGAAGAACUUACCUGUUUCAUCUGCUUGGACUAUUUCAGCAGCCCAGUGACCACAGAGUGUGGGCAUAGCUUUUGUCUGAUGUGUCUCCUCAAGAGCUGGGAGGGGCAUAAUACACCUUUAUCUUGUCCUGAAUGCUGAAGGACCUUGGGGGCUCCUCAUUUCCAGGCCAAUGAGAGACUGGGGAGGCUGGCUAGCAUUGGCAGACAGCUGAGAUCCCAAGUGCUACAGAGCGAGGACUAUCCAAGCAGCUGUGGAAGAACACCAACAGCCAGUAGGAUGUUCUCUGAUGAUGAGCAGAGUAUAAUUGCUUUCUCAACACAAACUCAUGGGAUGAAUAGAGUGUAUUUCUCAAGUGAGGCUGAGGAACAACACAAAGAGAAACUCCAGGAUAUCAUAAAUCUUUUACAUAAAAAGAAGAAAGAAGCCCAGGCUAUACUGAACCAUGAGAAGAAACGUGUGAUUCUGUGUAAGGAGGAGACGAAGACUUGUAAGCAGGUGGUUGUGUCAGAAUACAUGAAGAUGCACCAGUUCCUGAAGGAAGAAGAACAGCAGCAGCUGCAGCUGCUUGAGAAGGAAGAAAGAGAAAACAUGAAGAAGCUGAGGGAAAAUGAGAUCCAGCUGACCCAGCAAGUCAGGCGCCUCAGCAAAAUGAUUGGACAUAUUGAGUCCACCUGUCAGAACCUGACUUUGGAGUCUUUUGAGGAAGUCAGAGGAGCCAUGAACCGGUGUGAGUCACUCCUGCUUCAGUGUCCAGAGGCCACCAUCACAGAACUGAGCCUGUGCCGCGUCACUGGAAUGAGGGAGAUGCUAAGAAAAUUCAGCACAGAAAUAACUCUGGAUCCAGCCACAGCCAAUGCCUACUUAGUCUUGUCCGAUGACCUGAAAAAUGUGAGAUAUGGAGGAACCAGGCAACCAUUACCUGACAACCCAGAAAGAUUUGACCAGUCUGCAACCAUCUUGGGAGCUCAGCUCUUUACAUGUGGGCGACACUAUUGGGAGGUGGAAGUGGGUAACAAGACCGAGUGGGAAGUGGGCAUCUGCAAGGCCUCUGUGAACAGAAAGAGGAAUCUUCCAAAGCCCCCUGGGGACCUCUUCUCACUUAUAGGUUUAAAGAUUGGAGAUGAUUACAGUCUCUGGGUCUCAUCGCCCUUGAAAGGUCAGCAUGUCCGAGAACCUGAGCACAAAGUUGGUGUGUUCUUAGACUACGAGUUUGGACAUAUAGCAUUCUACAAUGUGAUAGAUGAGUCUCUCAUCUACAGCUUCCCUUCAACCCCCUUCCAUGAAGCUCUCAGACCUAUUUUUUCCCCUUGUCUCCCAAAUGAAGGGACAAACACAGACCCUCUGACCAUCUGUCACAUCUGA